CAUCACCUUCAACAGCAACAGCAGCAGCAGCAGCAGCAACAGCAACAGCAGCGACUCCCUCCUCCCUCACAUUGAUAGAUUACGGGCAGCAGCAGCAGCAGCAGCUGCAGCGGCUGCAUCCUCCAACCCAACAGCAGCAGCCACUGCAGCAGCAGCAGCCGCUGCAGCAGCAGCAGCCGCAGCAGGAGCAACUGCAGCACCAGCACCAGCAGGCGCUGCAACAACUCCAGCAGCAGCAGCACCAGCAGACGCUGAAGCAGCUCCAGGAGCAGCAAUAUCAGCAGCAACAGCAGCUGCAGCAGCAGCAGCUGCUGCAGCAGCAGCAAGUGCAGCUGCAGCAGAUGCAGCAGCAGCAGCAAAUGCAGCAGCACCAGCAGCAGCAGAAACAGCAGCAGCAGCAGAAGCAAGAGCUACAACAGCAGCAGCAGCAGCAGAAGCAAGAGCUACAACAAGAGCAGCAGCAGCAGAAGCAAGAGCUACAGCAGCAGCAGCCGGAACAGCAGCAGCAGCCGGAACAGCAGCAGCAGCGCCAAGUGCUGCAGCAGCCACAGGAACAGCAACAGGAACAGCAACAGCAACAACAACAGCAACAGCAACAGCAGCAGCAACAGAAACAGCAACAGCAACAACAACACCACGAAGAGGCAAGUGAGGAAGCAGAGGGAGAGUCACAGCGGCAGGACCAGCAGCAGCAGCAGCAGCAGCAGCAGCAGGUCCCUGCAUCGCAGCAAAAACCAAGACAGAAGCAGCAGCAAGAACGGCGUCCCCACUUGCAGCAGCAGCAGCCGCUGCUGCUGCUGCUGCUGAAAAGAACGAAGCCGUUCCUGCUGCCUCCAAGGGUCCGCGGCUGCGUGCAGCAGCAGCAGCAGAAGCAGCAGCAGCAGCAGCAGCAGCAAGCGACCUGGACGAGUCAGACGGGGACAAUGACUGCAGCGAUGAAGAGCGCAGCAGCAGAAGCUCCCCCCAAAAUAAAUAUGAGCUGUUCAG